AUGCUAUCAGAAUCAAAUAAGGAAUUAUAAAAGGAGUAAAAUGUUGUCCCAUAAUUAAACUAAACUCCAAGUAGUACAUAUUUUGUUUACAACUGUUACAUACCAGUUGUGCAAGAUUUUAUGAAUCAGCCUCCUCCUUUAUAGGUUAGAAACUCAAGUAAGAAAAAAUACUUAAUAUUAAAGGUGAGUCAUUUCCUUAAUUAAUUAAAAACAACGAUAGUAUGCAAAUGUCACAUUUGGCUCCUGGAGUAUCAAUCCCAAGUUUUUAAUUUGGAGCUUCUGCACCUUUUGUAUCUCCAGAUGAGGUUAUGAGAAAUGUUUAACCAACUCAGAAUCACUUUGCUUCUUUUAUUUUGAAUGAGUAAUUGAAGACUCAGAAUCAACCAACAAGAAACAGAAUAAUUGAAGGAACUCAAACACUAUGUGAUAUAGAAAUUGUAUUAAUAUCGAGAUAUUUUGACAUGAAAGCUCAUGUAAUAUAAUUAAUAUUACAGGAAGGUAUUUUGUCCUCCUAAUAAUAAAUAUACUCUUAAAGAGGAUACUAAUAUUACAAAUGCUGAAUGGUUUAAAGAUCGUAUGUUAUAUCGUUAUAAAAAACCAGUAUGAGAGUAUUUAUUUAUUCAAUAGAUUAAAGAAUCAUUCUCAGAUAUGAUUGAUUAGUUAGAGAAAGGAGGAGAGAAUAAUUUUAAAAAUAUGAUUCAUCCAGUAAAAUUUGCUUAAGGAGGAUUUGAUAAUAUAGAAAGAUAAGUCCCUAAAUCAGUGAAAAGUGAGAGACCAUUUUCAGUGUUUAUUUUUGAGAUAUAGUAAUUAAUUUCAUAGUUUCUAUUCACUAAGUAUUGA